AUGUUCCAGUCUCUUGUCUCAGCGUUUCUCGCGGCAUAUCUGACUGAUAGAAUCUUCCUUCAUGAUGGGUUCUUGAUGGAGGAGUUUUUGGAUUUUCCAAGAUUCACCUCAACAAACUACUCACAGAUUUUUCACUUGUUCGGAUCUCGACACGUCUUCUUGAACUCGCAGUACUUCAUGUACACAGGUGUUCAGGACAUGAUGCUAUGCGACGACCUCUCAUCUCGAUUCAGCGAGCAGUUCGUGUUCCUGGAGAGUGAUCAGUACUUUGCUGGGCUGCUGAUCAACAACGAUUACUACGCCUUGGAGUUGCAAAGGCUCUUUGGCGACAAGAUGUUUGGCAUCAUAUCAAGCUUCCUGUUCCAACUGCGCCCGGAGAUCGACCGGGAGGUCACUGAAUUCUACGAGGCAAACCUGGCUGGUCGUCGGUCAGUCGGCAUCCACGUACGAACUCACACGCUGGGUCAUCCUGGGAAAUGCGCAAGUUUGGCCGGGGGGGCGACGAGCUACGGGGAGGACGAACUGAUCCCUGCUGUGAUGCUUGUCACCGACAACCCUUCCAUCCGACAAGAAGCCUACCGCAACCUCGGCGACCAGCUCGUGAUCCGAGAGGGCCCCAUCACCCGCAGCAAUCUUGAAGGACAGGUUGACUAG